AUGUCGAUAUGGCACAGCUUCUCGUCCAGCCAUCGGCAAGAACGCAAAGAGCGCAGAGCAGGGACAGCCGCAUCAAGAACCACAACUGCACCAAAUCAUUCUCCAUCAUCGUCUCGAGGUCGCACGCAUAGCUUUAAUACAUCAACGUUCCCAAGAGGGCAAGCCUCAGACCUACCGCCAUCGUACGAAGAAGCACAACUUCCAACAAUCAGAAUCAGUUCCCCCGAAGAGCUCGAAUCCGAUUCCCAGUUCGCCUUUCUCGGCCAAUUCCACACCAUCUUCCUAGUCGAUGACAGCUCAAGCAUGAGAGGCGCACUUUGGGAAGAAGCCCGAGAAGCCAUCGCAGCGAUCGCACCAGUCUGCACAAAAUAUGACAAGGAGGGAAUCGACAUCUAUUUCAUCAACCACCGAUCAAAGUCCCUCACCUCCUACAGUACCAGCUACAAUACCAAUUACAGUUCCAACCAUACAGGGUCCUCCAACCUCAUCAAAUGCCCACAAUUUGAUGGCGGAUACCACAACAUCAGAACUGCACAACGGGUCAGCGAGAUCUUCGCCUCCGUUAGACCCUUUGGCGGAACAGCAGUCGGGAGUCGACUGCGUAAUAUUCUGGACCCGUACAUGGAUCUAGUGGAAGAGAAAGAAACAGCGAAACGAGCACAGAAGGAGGCAUCUAGGCGCGCGCAGAGAUAUGCCUCUGACUUGAACUGCCCUGAGCUGAUGAAAUCGGUUACACCGAUUAAUAUCAUCACUAUUACCGAUGGCGUGUUCACGGAUGACGCAGAGAGUGUUAUUACCCAGACGGCAGAGAGGCUGGAUGGCCCCUGUCGUGCUAUUCCGUGGCAGGUUGGGAUUCAGUUCUUCCAGAUUGGGAAUGAUCGGAUGGCCCAGCAGUAUUUGGAGGAAUUGGAUGAAGAUCUUGGGCGACGGUGCAAUAAUUUACAUCUGAGGGAUAUUGUUGAUACUGUUUCCUGGCGAAAUCGGGCUGGAAAGCGAUUGGAAGGGGAUGGGAUUUUGAAGGCUGUACUUGGGGCCGUUCAUAAGAGGUUGGAUCGGAAGAAGAUUGUAUAG